AUGGCCGUCCUGCAGCUCUGCGUGGGCCACCGCUGCCUCGUCUACCAGAUCUUCCACGCCGACUACGUCCCGGACGCCCUGAAAGACUUCCUCGCGUGUCCGGACCACCGCUUCCUCGGCGUGGCGGUCGACGGCGACGUCAAGCGGCUGUCCGAGGACUGCGGCCUUGUGGUCGCCAACGCGGUGGACCUGAGGCGCGUAGCGGCGGAGGCGCUCGCCCGGCCCGAGCUCCGGACUGCGUCACUGAAGACGCUCACCCGCGAGGUCAUGGGCGUGCUCAUCGACAAGCCCAAGUCGGUGACCAUGAGCAAGUGGGACGCGCGGCGCCUGUCCGUGGAGCAGGUCCAGUACGCCUGCAUCGACGCGUUCGUAUCCUACGAGAUUGGCCGGCUGCUGCUCACCGGUCAGUGCGCGGAACGUGCGGAGACCGUUGCAAUGAUCUCACCGUUCGUUGCCUCCGUGGUCGUUCCGGUGGCUUAA